AUGGCUACAGACGAGAGCAAGACGCCGCCUCCGACGGCUGCUGAAGUCGACGAGCCGGAUGAGUGGGACAAGCGCAUCUUCAGCACAGGCUGCGCAGACGAAAACGCAAAGAUGACGGACUGCUACUUUGAAAAGAGAGACUGGAGAGCCUGCACCGCCGAGAUGGAGCGGUUCAAGGAGUGCUGGCAGAAGAAUGGCAACGAAGAGCGCACUUCUAGCAAGGGGGCAUGA